CGACAAACAGCCAAUGAGGUAGCUCGUUACUUUCCCUGCUGUGAUGGCAGUCACGUGAGGAAUCCAAGAUGCCGCAGACACAGCUGUCUCCCCAGGAGGAGCAGGAGAAACUCCUGGAUGAGGCCCUCCAGGUGGUCAAGGUGCAGUCCUUCCAGAUGAAAAGAUGUCUGGACAAGACCAAGUUGAUGGAUGGGCUGAAGCACGCCUCCAACAUGCUGAGUGAGCUCAGGACAUCCAUGCUGACUCCCAAGAGUUACUACGAGCUGUACAUGGCGAUCUCUGAUGAGCUGCGCCACCUGGAAAUCUACCUGUGUGAUGAGUUCCAGAAGGGCAGGAAGGUGGCGGACCUGUACGAGCUGGUGCAGUACGCAGGAAACAUCAUCCCCAGAUUAUAUCUCCUGAUCACGGUGGGAGUGGUGUACAUCAAGUCUAACGAGAGCUGUCGUAAGGACAUCCUGAAGGACCUGGUGGAGAUGUGCCGUGGCGUGCAGCACCCCCUGCGCGGCCUGUUCCUCAGGAACUACCUCCUGCAAAUGACCAGGAACAGCCUCCCCGACUGCCCACCAAACGAGGACCCGGAGCCUGUGAAGGAAGGGGAGGUGGAGAUCAGAAGUGGGGACAUCAAGGACUCCAUCGACUUCAUCCUGCUGAACUUUGCUGAGAUGAACAAGCUGUGGGUACGCAUGCAGCACCAGGGCCACACCCGCGACCGCGAGAAGAGAGAGAAGGAGCGUCAGGAGCUGCGCAUCCUGGUGGGAACUAACCUGGUCCGCCUGUCUCAGCUGGAGGAGGUCAACAUACAGAGAUACCAGAAGCUGGUGCUACCAGGUAUCCUGGAACAGGUGGUCAGCUGUAAGGAUGCCAUCGCACAGGAGUACCUCAUGGAGUGUAUUAUACAGGUGUUCCCUGAUGAGUUCCACCUGCAGACCCUCAACCCUUUCCUGCGCUCCUGUGCUGAGCUGCACGCCAGUGUCAAUGUCAAGAACAUCAUCAUAGCUCUUGUGGACAGGUUGGCCCUGUUUGCACACAGAGAUGACGGCCCAGGCAUCCCCAAUGACAUCCAGCUGUUUGACAUCUUCUCACAGCAGGUUGCAACUGUCACACAGGCACGACAAGAUAUGCCAACAGAAGACAUCGUGUCCCUCCAAGUGUCGCUCAUCAACCUGGCUCUGAAGUGUUACCCUGAGAAGAUCCAGUAUGUAGACAAGGUGCUGGAGACUACCGUGGAGAUCUUCAACAAGCUCAACUUGGAACAAUUCCUAGAGAACAGCAGUGCCGUAUCCAAAGAACUGUCGCGCCUGCUGAAGAUUCCGAUCGACUCAUACAACAACGUGCUGACCGUGCUGGAGCUCAAGCACUUUGCCCCGCUCUUCGAAUACUUCGACUAUGACUCCAGGAAGAACAUGAGCAUCUACGUGGUCAACAACUGUCUGGAGCACGGCACAGAGAUCCCCAUGGCUGAGCAGACGGACCAGAUCCUGCAGCUGGUGUCGUCGCUGGUUCAGGACCAGGCCGACCAGCCCCAGGAGGAGCCUGAUCCUGAGGACUUCUCUGAGGAACAGAACCUGAUGGGACGCUUCAUGUCUCUCCUCAACUCAGACAACCCCGACCAGCAGUACAUGAUUCUGAACUCAGCCAGAAAACACUUUGGUAAUGGUGGCAACAAGAGGAUAAAGUUCACCCUGCCUCCCCUGGUGUUCUCUGCCUUUAGACUGGCCUUCAGAUACAAGGAGAUGUCUGAGGAGGAUGACAAGUGGGAGAAGAAGUGCCAGAAGAUUUUCCAGUUCUGCCACCAGACCAUCAGUGCGCUCAUCAAGGCAGAGUACUCGGAGCUGCCGCUGCGACUCUUCCUGCAGGGCGCGCUGGCCUGCGGCGAGGUCGGCUUCGAGAACUACGAAACUGUUGCAUAUGAAUUCAUGUCCCAGGCCUUUUCAUUAUAUGAAGAUGAGAUCAGUGAUUCAAAAGCCCAGCUGGCAGCUAUCACGCUCAUUAUCGCCACGUUUGAGAGGAUGUCGUGUUUCGGUGAGGAGAACCAUGAGCCCUUGAGGACGCAGUGUGCGCUGGCAGCGUCCAAACUCCUGAAGAAGCCUGACCAGUGCAGGGGAGUCAGCAUCUGUUCUCAUCUCUUCUGGUCAGGGAAGACAAGAGAAGGGGAAGGGACAGAGAUGAACGGAGAGGCCAGUCCUGAGAGGGGAGAACCAAAAGAGCUCCAGGAUGGUAAGCGUGUAAUGGAGUGUCUGAAGAAGGGCCUGCGUAUUGCCAACCAGUGUAUGGACAAGUCUGUACAGGUCCAGCUCUUCAUCGAGAUCCUCAACAGAUACAUCUUCUUCUACGAGAAGGGCAAUGAGGCAGUUAAUGUCCAAGUCCUGAACCAGUUGAUAGAGAAAAUAAGAGAAGACCUGCCCGAGUUGGACUCCAGUGAAGAGAUGGAUCAGAUCAACAAGCAUUUUCAGAACACGAUAGAGCACUUGCGACUGCGGCAAACCUCACCAGAGUCGGAGGGUCCGUCCUACCAAGGGCUGGAGAUUUAGGCAGGGUGGGGGAAACAAGUGAAAAUUGUAGUUACUGAGUUGUUGGAUGAUCACAUCCUGGUACAUGUACCUAGCCAGUGUCAUUCCAGCUCUGACACAGAGCUGCUUCUAUUACUAUAAGCCAAUACAAUACCACUUCUUGAUUGUUUCUUCAGCAUAACCUGAGUGACCAACCAAACUAUAAUUAUAACACUUCUCGAAUGUCAGGCAUUGAUCCUUUUAAAGUUAUUUUAUUGGUCAUGCUAAAAUUCAGCUAUAGAUAAAGAAUGCAUAAUCACACAAAAAAGUUUACGAAUUAGCAUCCAGUGAUUGUGCAAUGUGUCUCUUUUUUUUCAACAAUUCGUAAAUGAAAACUUUUUUGUCAGGAAUGAAAUAAGGAACACUGAAAGUCACCUAUGAUACAGUAUUAGCAGAAUUGAUUCUAUCAAGAAUUGUUGUACGUUGUUAUGACAUAAAAACUUCAAUGUAUUUUCUGGAAGAGAUGCAUCUGAAAGAUAGUUCAUUCCCUCUUGUGUUUCUCCUUGUUGUUAGGAGAAGUUAAGUGCAUAGGUCACAGAAAUUGUACCCCUUUUUGCCCCCGUCUCAUAACAUUAACACCAACCGUUUGCAUUGCAGUGUGCGGCACAGCUAAAGCAGGCAAUAAGAAAGUGCCAUUAUGGGUUUGUAUAAAUUGGGCCUAGUCUGCAAAAAUGUAGGAAAUGGAAACACUGUUGUAUGGGGAUCAGACACUCUGCUGCUACACUGCAGCUGCAUCUUAGGUAGACACUACAAAGGGUGUGUGUAGACUGACUGGCAGGCACUCGAAACUGCUUGGUCCCAAUUGGUGCUUGUGUGUUGUCUGUGCGAUGAUUCUGUGGACCACAUGUGUAUGUAAACACAUAGUCAACCAUGCAUUACAUUUUGUGCUGAAACAUUUUAUCUCACAGACAGGAUACAAGUUACUAUGAGGUAAGAACUCUUGGCUAUUAAGUUAGACAGUUGGCAUCUCCCCAUGUCCAAACCGUGAUAAGAUGUUGAAUUCCCCGUAUCCAUAAGGCUAAAUGCAAGUUUCUUAUGGGUUUUGCUCAAACUGUAAGAUAAUGUGUAAGUAAAAAAAAAUAGGCUGUUUUUGACAAAUCUGGACAGAAGCAUAAUUGUGAAAACUUGAAAGCAAAAGAGCCUGAAUUUGACAAAAUGUUUGGUAGGUGGAGGUAUAACCUUUUCUGUACAAAACCCUUUCUAUAGAUGACGUAGUUGUAGUUGAGUUGUACCGUAACAUAUAUACGUGUACCAACUAGCUCUGACCAAAUAAAAUUAUAGUGGCUAUAUUGCUAUAAGAGAGCAUUGUAUGUAUAAAUGAUUUAUGUUAACUGGCUUACAUAUACAACUAAUGGCCAUCCUGUGAAACUGCUGUAACAUCGCAGAACAAUAUCUCAAUCAAGAGCUGCCAUUACCAAUUGAUCAUAGUAGGCUAUUCUUCAAGUGAAGUUGUACGUUUCAAAAAAAUUAAAUAAAAUCAUGAUCCUUUAGUGUUAGUGAAACGUUAUGGAUACCGAUGACAUUGUGUUACAUUUAAUGUGUUCUGGAGACAAAAUACAAGUAAAGACACUAA